UUUACUUCAAAUCUAUUUUUAAAUAUAGGCCUACACUCAAUUCUGGAUUUUCCAUUAUUACUUGGGAAAGUUGAAAUAGGGUAUACUCUAUUUAGUUGCGUACAACACUCACCCCAGUAUAUCAAAAAAAAAUAUGGAUGCUAGAACACCUAAAUACAUUGUAACGUCUUUUGCCUAGAUAAUUUUCAAAAGAUGUUUCUCAUUUCAUAAGAUACGGAUGCCAUCUAUUUUUUGUAUUCUGGUUAAAAUGAAUUCAAGUAGGACCAAGAUUGAGAAAGGGAGAUUGCUGGAGCAUGAAGAAGCUUGUUUAAGAGCUAAUAUUGUUUAUCUGAAAAAUAACCUUAUUGCAAAAGAUAUACUACUCUAUUUGUACCAACACUGCGUAUUAAGUGAGGAUGAUCUUGAAGAACUACGAAGCGUAAAAAAUUGUAAAGAUCAAGCCGAAGGAUUGAUAUUUAAAUUGUAUUAUUCCAGACCUUCAGAUGGAUUUAAUACAUUUAUGAGGGCCUUAAAAAUUAACCAAUCUGAAGUGUAUAAACAUUUGAAAAAGCAAACAAAGCCUGGAUCAAGUAUACUUGACAAAUUUAAACUGAAAGCACUUGGUAAAAAGAAAAUUACAGACGUCAGAACGUGUGAUCUUUCACUGCAAGACCUUUGUCGUUGUCAACUUGCAGAGUUAAUCAAUGACUUAGAACGAAGCGAAGAUGACAUAGACAGCACUCAGCGAAGUUUGUAUCAAAUCAAAAAGAUUAUUCACAUUCAUUUCAGCACUUUCAGACUUCUAGAGCAACAGUUAACAGAUCUUAAUUUAAUAGGUUUACUCUUCUCUAUGAUAUUAAAGAACAAAGUCACUAAAAUAAAACACACGAGCAUUCAAAUAUGUGUUUUCUUAACAAGCUUAAGCAAUGUUAUUGUUGAAGCAUAUAUCAGGACAGGUGAUUUCAGUAUAAUUUCCAAGGAGCUAUUAAGCUUGCAGGACUUACUUUUAUCGACCACAGAUGAGGUAAGAUUAAAACUGAAAAAAAUGGAAAGAAACUGGAUACUGAUAUUAUUGGCAUUGGUGAGGAAUCCACGUGUUGACAGGAAUACGUUAUUGACACCUAUUUGGAAACAGAUCAUGUGUCACCUUCAAAUAUCUGACGAUUUGUUUGUUUCGGAUAUGUCACUGAUGAUCUCGGCAUAUUUACAAGACGAAAUCACUUUUGUUUCUUUAGUAACUGAUCGAGGCCGACCUUUUGUGAACUUUGUUGAAAGUUUUUUGACACAUGCUUUGGAUCAUGGGAAACUACAUAGUCAAUCAAAUAAAAUUAAAGCAGAAAAUAUCGCUUACCUGGAGUGCCUUUCAAAAUUAGCCUUGAUAAGGCGUUUUAAUUGCAAGAACUAUAAUACAAAGCAACGAGCAAAAAAAAAAUAUGGAAGACAAAGAAGAAAUCAGACGAUCAUAGUCAGUAAACUGUCUGAAAUCAAUGAACUAGUUAUACAGCUAGAUCACCCUGCUAUCCAGAAAGCUUACUCCAAUGUUACUAACAGUAUAUUUCUUCCAAAGACUUCAAAUUUACCAAAAUAUUCGACACCAAUGAAGCGUGACCAAUGUUUGAUAUCACAUUAUAACAACCAGUCUUCUCCAGAUUUACCAAAACAUUCGACACCAAUGAGGCGUGACAAAUGUUUGGCAUCACAUUAUAACAACCAGUCUUCUCCAGGCGACAAGUACACAACAGUUAGUAAGAAUAGUUGUAUGACUGAUUUGAAUCUAAACGAUAUGAGAGAGCUGUCUCGCGUGAACGAUGACCUACAAACCAGCUCUACAGAAAUGACGUCUCUAACUUUUGCAGAUUGCUUAGCUCACAAAGAGAUAACAGAAUUAAAGUUUACGGAAGGAAGUUCCAGACGAGGGGCUGGUGAAACAUCUGAAAAUGAUUACGAAAUGAUUUAUGAAUGGAAAGAAGACGAUGAUGGAGAAAUACCACCAUAUUAUAGUGAUGAUUACAACACACCAACAGAAUACAGUUUCAAAACAGAAUCCAAAACAUUUCCUAGAAGCAACCAAAGUAAUUUGGACAGCGGUAUUCGCACGUUAUCGCGUGUUGAUCUGAAUACUUCAAGCGCUUCACAGACAGAGCUGGAAACAGAAAAUAAGAAACCCUUACUUCCUAAAAGAAGUAAAAAGUCAAUGGCUUUAAACACAGUCAAUAUUUCCGAAAACAGUGCUAAGGACUAUCAAAGGAGCCUAAGCGAGGAAUACAACUCUACAUUGAAUUCUACAGCAUUAAUAAAAGAUUUGUCAGAUCUACUUGUUGAUACCCAAAAUCCCAUAAAAGAAAACAUCUCUACCACAAUAUACAAAGGUUUUCUGCGUCAAAAAAACAAUGUCACAGUAGCUGUCAAACAAUGGACGGUGCCAUCAAAAGAGUUUGAAUCCGAAGCUGACAUUAUGAAAACUCUGCAUCAUCCUAACGUUGUAAAAUUUUUCACAGCCACAAGAACAGAAAGUAAAUGCUGUAUUGUGAUGGAGUUCCUAUGUUAUGGAAGCUUGGAAAAUUAUUUUAAAAGCUUGAACGACACUUUGAAAUUAGAAGAAGUGAUUCAUAUAGAUCUUCAGAUUGUUCAUGGAAUGAUAUACCUUAAUGGGAAAAGAAUUUUGCACGGAGAACUGAAUACAGCCAACAUACUUGUCGGAAGUAACGGAGUGGUCAAAAUUGCAGACUAUGGAAGAGCUUGCAUACUUGGCAAGGAAGAUGAGAUUCAAUGUUUCAGCGUUGACGAUGUCCAGAACAGAACAAAAUGGUAUGCCCCUGAAGUUAUCUCGGAAAAACGUUAUGGCUUGAACUCUGAAGUUUACUCUUUCGGCUUAAUCAUGCAUCAAACUAUAACACAAGGAAAGUGCCCUGUUCCAGAUGCACGAGAAAUCCACAAGAGCAGAAAAGAUUCUUGGCUGUUUACUACUUCGAAGAAAGUAGCCAUUGACGUGCCCGAAUCAUAUAUCGAUUUGAUCAAACAAUGUUGUAAUCUGUUGCCAGAGAAAAGACCUCGCUUCUUAACGCUCAAGACAGAUUUAAUGAAAUAUUCACCAUUGUAAUACUGAAGAACUCCAGCUGGUUUCUGAUGUACUUUGAGUGGGCGCGCAACUUGUGUUUCAAAUUGUUUAUAUAUUAUUUUCAGUGGGGUAUAUAGAAUAAAGAUUUCUUUGAUGAAUUUUGUUUCCCUUUAACGAAACUCGACCCUGGCUUCGCCAGAGAAUGAAUACUCGUUCUUUUAUAAUAAUAAUAAUAUUAAAGCUUGUCUUUGAAACCGAAAAUUAAUUAAUUAUUGGCGAUUAAUAAUUUUGUUUGAGAUCGAAAUAAGGCGAAUAAAUGCAACUUAAUGAGAGAUGUGGAUGUAUAUAUGGAUGUUAUUCCCUUAUUACAUGGUUUGUCAUCCCCCACCUCCAUUCUCGGAUCCAGUUACAAUUUUGCAUAAUUAUUUAAAGUCAAUGACAAUCAAUACAAAUAUUUACCAAUUAGUUAAUAAUUGUGUACUAAUUAACUUGUUUUGUUAUAUAUUGCAGAAAGGAAGCAAAUGGAAUUAAUUAGCUGUUCUUUACCUUAGAUAAGCUUUGUAAUUAAAAGCAUUCUUUUUUUUUAUUGCUUGUUAGCAUUUUUUAAACUUAUUUUACCUUAUGUAAUUGGCGUAGCUAAGGCUGGGCAGAGGGGCCAAAUUUAAAAGUCUUCCAAGGCCCCCACUUAACGAUCCCUAAAAUGAGUGUCCAAUUUUAUUUUUUACAAUGCCAUGUUAUCUUGCUAUUCACGUUAUGUAGAUUAGUGACAAUGUUGCAUGUGGUCCACACAUUAGAAUGGUAUAUUUAUAAAGUGCAUUGUUUCAUGUCAUGAUGUCGAAUGUCAAAAUGCAGGGGCCUCUAAAGAGACUAAGCCUUUCUGGCUCCCAAAUCCCUUACUACGCCAUAGCUUUAUGUGUUCGCAGUUUAUUCAAUCCGUAUGCUAAGCAUAGAGCCAAAAAAGUAGUAUGUAUUUGUAUCUAUCUAUAUAUAUAUAUAUAUAUAAUUCUCUUCUUUUCACUCAACAGUUUAAACGAGAAGAAGAAGUAAAGGAAAGAUCACUCUCUUAUUUCUGCGGAUAGUCCACGAGAAAACCAGAGGAAAGAGGGAGAACACGUGGUCACAAAAUAGCAGGGCCGAACCGUUGUAACCAAGAAAUAUCACUCUUUUUUUUUUAUUUCUACCUCACGUUAAAAAAAAAAAGGAGGGGGGGGGGGA